AUCCCCAAACUAACGAACACAGGCAAAAGACUUUAACGCGUGUCAUUAUAGUUGAACUUAGGCAGAGAGCAUUCUCUGCUGACGGAAUCGGAGACACUGAUUACUGCCGGCGGCAACCGCGAUCUAUAUAAACUCCAACAUUGGAUCCCGUAUUUUCCGUCAACGGAAACUACAUAUAUAAUAUAUUAAAUCUCCUCCCGCCAUGAAAGCACUGUUCAGAAGAAAAAUAUUAACAACCUCUAUCCAUCCUUUGAUAAUUAUACUAUUCACCUUCUCGGUACUCCCGAGUCGCACUGGAGCAGACCGUUUUGGUUCUUUAACAUUUCAAAGAGAGAUUAAUGGACGUUUUCCCUUGUUCGACUGUCCCCAAUGUAGUUUGGAUAAGAACAAGGAACAAGUGCACACAAAAUCUAUGGAAGUUGGGAACCAUCAAGUUGAAAAGGAUAUUGACAUAAUAGUGACAUACACAGACACGUCUGGUGCCAUACGAAUUAGGACUGUCAAGUCCAAAGAUUUGUCUGCUUCAUGGGUCUGGAAAAGCCCUAUUGAUGACAAUCAACGCAAAGAGGAGGACCCCAAGUCACUGGAAUAUCAGCCUGAAAUGAGAGUUGAGGACAACAACAAGCAUUCUGCCCAAGAACAUGCAGAUAUAAACGGACAGCCACACAAAAUGCCGUCUCCAGUGCAUCCAUUAAAGCUCAGACGUCGGGCCCUACGCCAAGAAAGGAGGGAUCGUCGAACUGCAGAACUGAUCCAAGUAGGCCAAAAGAGGGAGGCUCAGAUGCAAGAAGCUGCCAUUGAGCGUUCUAAAACUUUUGAUACCAGUAUCAGGGCUAGAUACAGUAUUUGGAGAAAAGAAUAUGAAAAUCCGAAUUCUGAUUCUACUGUAAAACUGAUGCGUGAUCAAAUUAUAAUGGCAAAAGCGUAUGCAAGUAUUGCUAAAGCCAAAAAUGAGAAAGCUAUAUAUGAUUCUCUAAUUGAGCAUUCUAAAAGAAGCCAGCAGGCAAUAGAAAAAGCAACUUUUGAUAGUGAACUUGGCCCAAGUGCAGUUGAUCGGGCUAAAGAAAUGGGUCAUAUUUUGUCCUUGGCGAAGGACCAGUUUUAUGACUGUAUUGUAAUGGCAAGAAAGUUAAGGGUUAUGCUUCAGUCUAGAGAAGCAAAUGUUGAAGAAGUCAAGAAAAAGAGUGCAUCCUUAACACAACUAGCUGCUAAAACCAUUCCUCAGCCUUUGCAUUGCCUUCCUUUAGUUCUGACAACAGAUUAUUUCUUGCUGGAUGAUCAAAAGCAAAAGUUUCCAAUUAGCAGGAAUCUUGAAGAUCCUUCAUUAUACCAUUAUGCUAUAUUUUCAGACAAUGUUCUGGCAACAUCAGUAGUUGUGAACUCAACAGUUCUGCAUGCAAAAAAUCCUCAGAAGCAUGUGUUCCAUAUUGUAACAGACAAACUGAACUUUGCAGCUAUGAAGAUGUGGUUUCUUGUCAACCGUCCAGAAGGGUCUACAAUUCAAGUUCAAAAUGUGGAUGAUUUCUCAUGGCUGAAUGCAUCUUAUUGUCCCGUUCUUCGCCAGCUGGAAUCAUCUCGAAUGAGAGAAUAUUAUUUUAAAGCCCAUCAAGCAUCAACUCUAACAGCUGGAUCGGAUAAUCUUAAAUAUAGGAACCCAAAAUAUUUAUCCAUGUUGAAUCAUUUAAGGUUUUACCUUCCUGAAGUGUACCCGAAACUGGAAAAAAUAUUGUUUCUUGAUGAUGAUAUUGUAGUUCAGAAGGAUUUGACACCUUUGUGGAGUGUUGAUCUGCAAGGGAUGGUAAAUGGUGCUGUAGAGACGUGCAAGGAGAGUUUCCAUCGCUUCGAUAAGUAUUUAAAUUUUUCUAACCCAAAAAUUUCUGAUAACUUCGAUCCAGAAGCGUGUGGUUGGGCAUUUGGUAUGAAUAUGUUUGAUCUGAAGGAAUGGAAGAAACGUGACAUUACGGGGAUAUAUCAUGGCUGGCAAAAUAUGAAUGAGGAGAGAACUCUAUGGAAGCUUGGGACGUUGCCACCUGGACUGAUAACUUUCUAUAACCUGACCCAUCCACUGGAACGGAGCUGGCACGUAUUGGGACUUGGAUAUGAUCCAGCCCUUAAUCAAACUGAAAUAGAAAAUGCAGCUGUUGUGCAUUACAAUGGGAAUUAUAAACCCUGGUUAGACCUCGCUAUUGUGAAGUACAGGUCGUAUUGGUCAAGAUAUGUGAAGUUUGAUAAUUCAUAUCUACAACUUUGUAACAUUAAUAGCUUCAUGUUAUCAUGAUAUUCAUGUCACAAACUGUAAUAGAGAUAUGGCCGUAAAAAACGCCAUUUCCCUUCUUUGUAUACAAACUGCUGGUCACAAAGUUAGUUUAGUAUGAGCAUCAUACUACAUAUAUAUUUACAUAAUUUGCAAAGUGUCUGUCCGUCAUUCAAUUGUAUUCAAUAUAUAUUUACUUUCUAAUUUCA